AUGUGCAACUCAGAAAUCCCCACGGCGAGUAACUCGGAUGCGAAUUUGAAUGCGAAUUCCUCAACUGAUGCUGAUAACCCGAGGAGCGGGACUGAUCAACCAGUCGACCUCAACAGUUGGUUGCCGGUAACUGCAUCUCGGAAGGCCAAAUGGUGGUACUCGGCCUUCCACAAUGUAACCGCGAUGGUCGGGGCCGGUGUCUUAGGUUUGCCGUUUGCCAUGUCCCAACUUGGCUGGUAUUCGGAAUUAGGGCAACAUGCUUUCGGGGAGAAGUUGGGGUAUUGGAUUGUGAUACCACAACAAUUGAUGGUUCAAGUGGCCUCCAAUAUUGUAUACAUGGUCACCGGAGGGAAGUCGUUAAAGAAGUGCUUCGAGCUCCUCUUUGUCAAGCUCCACCCCACUAGGCAGACCUAUUUCAUCCUCUUCUUUGGUAGCACAGAGUUCAUAUUAUCCCAAACACCCAAUUUUAACUCUCUGAAAGGGGUUUCUUUGCUUGCUGCCAUAAUGUCUUUCGGUUACUCAAUGGUCGCUUGUGCAGCAUCAAUCUCUAGAGGGGUUAACCACCACCACCUUGUUAGGCAUGGCAUUAGAUCCCACACCACUGCAGGGAUAAUGUUUGAUGUGUUCAACAGCCUGGGCACCAUCGCCUUUGCUUUCGCUGGUCACAGCGUCGCGUUAGAGAUUCAAGCCACCAUCCCUUCCUCCCCGGAGAAACCCUCAAAAAUGUCAAUGUGGAAGGGAGUCAAAGUGGCUUAUAUGAUUGUGGCCUUCUGCUAUUUUACGGUGGCAAUUUCUGGUUUCUGGGCUUUUGGAGAUGAGGUAGAUGAUGAUGUCCUCCUUUCCCUAGAGACACCCCCUUGGCUCAUUGCAGCUGCCAAUGCCAUGGUUUUUAUUCAUGUACUGGGAAGUUACCAGGUUUUUGCAAUGCCGGUGUUCGAUAUGAUAGAGUCUUACUUGGUUCGGAAGCUCAACUUUGCCCCUGGACGACCGCUUCGGGUCGUUGCACGCAGUGCAUAUGUUGGUACGUUAAAUGGUUAUUUGAUUUUACUCGAAAUUUAUUUAUCGACUACAUAA